GAAAACACACACCCAAAGUGAAACAAAACAGGAAGCAUUGCAUGUUCCGCUGUGUUAUGCGAGAACAUUCGCACAAAGCAGAAACCGCAGCCUUAUGUGAAUGAUGCCAGAGUGCAGCCACUUUUUACCAUUCACCUACAUGGUGGCUUUGGCCAUCCCUCUUUUUGUGUCUUUCAACAUUGAUGUGGAAAAUCCAGAGGUUUACACUGGUGAAAGAAAAGAUUUCUAUGGAUACAAAGUCCUUCAGUUUACAUCUGGAACUAACAAAGGGAUCUUUGUUACUGCACCCCUAACGCGUAAUGGAUCAGGAAAAGUUUGCAAACCAAACAAAAACCAAAGCAGCCACUGCUUUGAUCUUCAAGAUGUGCCUUACAAAGAUAAAAAUCUCACUGUGAAAUAUCUGGGCUUGUCCAUUGCUGCUGACGCCACAGGUUCUGAAAUUGCUGUAUGCAGUCCCAGUGUGGCCCACGAGUGUAAUGACAACAUCUAUCUGAAUGGCAUGUGUUACAAAACAACUUAUGAACUUAACUCUUUCACCCCUGUGACUUCUGCUUUCCAAGAUUGUACAAAGAAGACAGUGGACCUGGUCUUUCUCUUCGACGGAUCUAACAGCAUGUCAGAAAUGGAGUUCAAGGAAAAUAAGUCGUUCAUUAAACAUAUCAUGAAUAGCCUGAGGAACACCACCAUCAAGUUCGCAGCGGUCCAGUUUUCCUCAUUCCACCGUACAGUUUUUAAUUUCAACGACGAUCAAGCUGGUACUGCUUAUAAGAAACUUGACCAAGAGAACCACAUGAAAGAACUCACCAACACUUACACAGCCCUACAAUUUGUGUUAAAUGAUAUCCUGGAAAAUCCAAAAGCUGGAGCCUCUCCUGAUGCAACCAAGGUUCUGGUUCUAAUAACAGAUGGAGAUCCGACUGAUCCAUAUAAAGAAAAUGGCAUUAUCGACAGAUACGUUAAGAAAGGAAUCAUUCGCUUUGUCAUUGCGGUCAAAACGGCUAAACUGGAUGCUUUUACAGCCAUUUCUUCACAACCACUAGAGAAAUAUGCCUUCAAAAUUGAACACUACGUAGGACUGACUGAUAUACUGGAAAGAUUCCAGAAGAAGAUUUUUAAAAUGGAAGGAUCAAGUGUGGCUCGAGCAGGAGACAUGACAAAUGAACUGUCUCAGAGUGGCUGCAGUGUAGUCUACUACAAUGGUACCUUGAUCCUUGGAUCAGUAGGAUCGCAUACCUGGAGUGGCUCUCUACAGGAGCACAGUAACAACAAAGAAAUACAAAUUGAAGAUCCGCACAUGCAGAAUGACUCAUACAUGGGAUACUCUCUUUCUGUGGGGAAGAGAGAUAACACACCAAUAUAUUUCACCGGUGCGCCAAGAUUUAAGCACUUGGGACAGGUUGUACUUUUUAGGCAUGAUGGCAGGGAGUGGAAGACUGCCCAAAGAGUAAAUGGCGAUCAGAUUGGUUCUUACUUUGGAGCAGAACUUUGCUCAGUAGAUAUUGACUUGAAUGGUGACACUGAUUUCCUCCUGGUGGGAGCUCCGAUGUUUUACCACCCUACUGAGAAGGGAGAAGGCCAGGUCUACGUCUAUGCCCUAACGAAUGAAAUACAACUGAAAAGUGAGUUAAAUAUAAAAGCAACGUCUGUAGGUAGAUUGGGCACCACCAUAUCCAGCCUGGCAGAUCUGAAUGGAGAUGGACUCACAGAUGUUGCCAUUGGUGCCCCAUUGGAUGAUGAUUCCAGAGGGGUGGUUUACAUCUUCCUUGGGGACAGGCAGAAAGGAAUACGCAGCACAUUCAGCCAGAGAAUCAGGGGACAGGACAUUGAUCCUGGACUGAAAUUCUUUGGACAGGCAGUUGAUGGAGGGAUUGACCUGGGCGAGGAUGGUCUGACCGAUAUUGUGAUUGGAUCACAAGGAGCGGCUGUUGUAUUAAGGUCCAGGCCUGUCUUUAAUGUCUUGGCACACCUCUCUUUCCUACCUGAGGAGAUCAGCACUGAGAGGUUUGACUGUGUGGCCAAUACUGACGACCAUCUGCCAAUGGGUAAUCUGACAGCCUGCUUUCAAAUGGUGGAAACGACAAAUUGCAAAGCUGAGGCAAUGUCAGCGGGUCUGAACAUCUCAUACAUUGUGAAUGUGGAUCCGAUGAGACAAACAUAUCGAGGGUUCUUCAAAAGUGACAAGAAAGCCAGGAAUUUCACGUCUUACGUCAAUUUAAUGGAAAACAAAGUCUGCUACAACUACACCAUUGCCAUGAUGAAAUGUGUGAAAGACACUCUAACACCCAUCAGCAUCAAAUUAAAUUUCUCCCAAGUGGACAGUGAAAGUGCGAGCAACAUGCUGAAUGUGGACAGCAAAAACCAGGCUGUAGUUGAGAUUCCAUUUGAAAGGCAGUGUGCCAAACAUGACACCUGUAUUGCUGAACUUGAUGUGGAUUUUGACUUCAUGACACCAACAUUAUACGUAGCUGAGGACAACUACUUUAACCUGUCCAUAAAGUUGUCCAACAGGGGUGACGAUUCUUACAACACCAGCCUCAUGAUGUACUAUCCUCCAGGACUCUCCUUUUCCAGACUGACUCUGACACAGGCCACAAGACAAACUCUGCACAGCUGUAAUGAUCUAGAAGGAGUUCUCGACAAAACCCUCUGUGGCAUCAGUCGCCCUGUGUAUCGUGGCCAAUCUGCUGCCACCUUUCAGUCUUCUUUCUACAUUAUCACUGACUACGAGUGGAAUGACACCAUCUCUGUGACCGUCACCGGAAGAAGUGACAAUGCAAACAUCACUACGAACAAUACCAUCACCAAAGUCAUCCCGGUACAACUAGAAAUAAAGAUGGCUAUAACAGUAAAUGAAGGCAGCACCACAUAUCUGAACUUCACAACAGAUGAUUACGGACCUAAAAAAGUGGAAGCCAUUUACAAGGUUGCUAAUCUAGGUUUAAAGGCUUUUCCUGUCAACGUGUCCCUCUUCUUACCAACUAAGCUGGAGCAUGACUUUGAAAUGAUGGACUAUCACGUGUCUGUGAGACAGAACAAAACCACAUGCAGCUUAACAGAUAUCAAAUCUGAAUACUAUGGUAUGCCAGAAAAUGAAAGCAAAGUCAUAAAGUGCGAUACCUUCGUCCUGGAAAAAGAAUCGUCAGCUGAGUUUAAACUGUCUGGACAAGUCCAUUUCAAGGAUCUCAAAAAGAAGGCAGAGAACAUUGCCUUUUUGAAACGAUACACCGGAGAAAGCGGUGAAGUUAAAUUCAGAAGUUUUAUACAUGUUCAGUACGACCAGCGACGAUACGCUCUGGAUUCUCGUGAACAGAAGAAUGACAAGCUCAUGCACCACAAAAUAAGCAGCCUGUGGACGAGCAAGGAUCCAACCUGGAAAUGGACUGAAGUUCGUGUGGAGUUCAUUAUCCCCCUACAUCAAAUGACGAUCAUUUUAACUGGAGUUGGUGUGGGAUUGUUCCUUAUCAUCAUCCUCACAGUCAUCAUGUUAAAGCUGGGAUGCUUCAAGAGAAAGAAAUAUUAUGGAGAGGAAGCUGAUGGUGAUGUUGGAGAGACUGAUGCGCCCUGUGACCCUGACCCCACAAAAAGCCAGUCAGAGAUUGAAGAAAACAAAAGGGGGCUUCUAGAUGAUGAAAAAAAUGGCAGCAUCCAAAUGUGUGACACGCAAGAGAAAAUGUUAGAGUAAAGAAAUCUAACCAAUCAAACGUGAGAGCAGGACCAAGUCCAUGGGCUUUUGUGAGUGAACAGUGUCAUAGAAGAAAAACAGGAUAGUGAAGUGGCACAGUUAGUGAAUUUUAUGAUUUAAGGUUCCUUUUAUUGUUACAAACCACAGUAUGUAUACAAGCAAACAGAAGAAUGAAAAACCACAUAUGGCCCCAAACCCCAGUCCUCUUUUGAACCAACUUUGGCCAGGACAAAGCCCAGAGUGGGCCACAUCUGAGCAACCAAAACCAAAACUCAAACCGAAGCAGGUCUCCUUUUCCACCAUUGUUUGGCCUAAUUGUGGGCCAAACCUAAACCAAAACUGUUCUGCUUUUGAAAUGGUGGUUGGGUCGCACAUUUGUUAAACACGUAACUUGUAUUAAAGCCCUGGAUAUUUUAAGUAAGUGAAAGUGUGGGUCAAAUAAGAUGAAAUUCUCGUAAUAUUUUUUUUUUUUUUUUGACUGAAGUGUAAAAAAUAUGUUCUAGCUUAACCCUAACUUUUUGACUCAUGAGGUAAAAAUGAUCAGGGUGGCCGGGUCAGGAGCAGAUAAAUGGAGCUUAGCUCGUGUGAACUAAGAUAGAUGACAUGUAAAUGCCAUGCAUAAAGGCUAAAAUUGUUUUAUCAUUUUUUUUACACCAUCCAUUAGGGAAAUGUGGGUGUUGCAGG